AUGUCGGCCAUCUUCGAUUCUUCCUCGCCGUACGGCUAUCCGCAAGCCUCCGCGUCCGGCUCGGGUGCCGGCUCCAACAAGGCGUCGCACACCGCUGCGGCCGGGGGUCAGGCUGGCAGCCCGCUCGACUUUUACAGCAAUCCGAGCCAGCAGAACCAGUUCUCGUCGUUCUACUCGUCGUCAGCAGCUGGCGCACACCAGGCGUAUGCUACUCCGUCUGCCUCCAAUACACGCCCUUCGUUGGAAGGCAACAUGUCGUCCUCGGCAGGAUUCGCGCCCGGAUCGGCGGCGCACGCCAUGAUGAGCUCCCAGAUGGGCUUCUGGUCCGCCUUUGGCACCGGCGGAUUCCCAGACGAGCCGCCGCUCAUGGAGGAGCUCGGCAUCAACAUCGGUCACAUCGUCGACAAGACACUCACCGUGCUCAACCCCUUGCACCGCUACUCGGCCUCGCACGCCAAGGACGCCCACAUGAUGGACGACGCCGACCUCGCAGGCCCGCUGCUCUUCUGCUUUGUGUUUGGCAUGACGCUCCUCCUCGCAGGCAAGAGCCAGUUCGGCUACGUGUACGGCGUCGCGCUGCUCGGCGCCGUGAGCAUCUACACGCUGCUCAACCUCAUGAGCCAAGGCGGCAUCGACGCCUACCGCGUCGCCUCGGUGCUCGGCUACUGCCUCCUCCCGCUCUGCAUCCUCAGCACGGCAAGCAUCGUGGUUCGUCUAGACUCGUUUUUGGGCUACAUCGUCUCGCCCCUCUUCAUCCUCUGGUGCUCCACCUCGGCAUCGGGCAUCUUUGUCUCCAUCCUACGUCUGUCCGAGCAGCGCCUCCUCGUCGCCUAUCCCGUCGGCCUCUUCUACGCCUGCUUUGCCCUUCUCAGCGUCUUUGACGUCGGCCAAUGA